UUUUUUUUUCUUUUUUUUCUUUUUUUCCUUCUACACGCAUACAUAUAAAUAACCAUUCAUUCUUCGCCGGAUUCUUCCAUUUCCAUCCGCAAUAUCCAAUUACUCUCCUGCCAAAUCUCUUUCUUCUUUCUCUUUUUGUUUUCUUUUUCUUCUUUUUUCAUCUGGGUCUCUCGAUCUUCUUCAAAUUUGCUCUGUUUUAAUGGCGGUUCUCCCCAUUUCCAUGGACCAAAAUUGCAACUUGGAACUUCGUCUUUCUCCUUCUUCUUCUACGUUUCUCUCUGAUCGUGAUUCCGGCGACCACCCUCACCACAGCCACCCUCGUCUCCACCAGUUCUUGGAUGAUGAAUGUAACAAAAAUUCUCAGCAGCAGAUGACCAUUUUCUAUAAUGGUAGAGUUUGUGUUGCGGAUUUUACAGAGGAUCAGGCUAAAGCUAUAAUAAUGCUUGCAUCAAGACACGUCGAGGAGAGAUCGACAAUUCCUCAACAGAAAUUGAAACCUCGAUCUACGUCGCCGGAGCAGUGUCAUCGCGAAGCUGUUUCUGGUUCUGGUUCCGGUUCCGGUUCUGGGCUCUCUAUGAAGCGAUCUUUGCAGAGGUUUUUACAGAAAAGGAAGAACAGGAUUCAAUCUGCUUCACCUUACAAUUAUUAACCAUCCACUGAUCCACUUUCUUCUUUUUCUUUUUCCUUUUAUUAUUUUUCUGAGAUCUGAUUGAUAUAUGUAGCAACAUUUAGACUUUUGCUUUGUAAAGAACUUACUUUUCUGCAGCUUCUUCAAUGAAAAUUUUGAAAGAUCAAAAAGAGAAAAAGGAAAAAAAAAAAAAAAAAAAAACUCUUUUUUUU